AUGGCAGCUGCUCAUUCCAACCAAACCUUCAAGAUCGUUGUCCUGGGUGCUCCUGGAGUUGGGAAGAGCACCAUCAUCUCCCAGUUCCUGCACCGGAAGUUCAUUGAGUUACACUGGUUCACCAUCGAGCUGGAACAACAGACAACUUUGAUCGGUAAGGAAGGGCGCCAAGUCUCCCUCGAGAUCGUGGACACUCCAGGUGGAUACUGCUUUGGGGCAAGAAGAAGGUUUGCAAUUGAGUCGGGUGAUGCAUUUAUUCUUGUAUUCUCUUUGGAAGAUGAAUGCUCGUUUGAGACAACAGCCAUGAUCAGGGAGGAUAUCCUUCGUAUCAAGAGGAAGAAGAAAGUUCCGAUCCUUUUGGUAGGAAACAAGACUGACAUUGAGGAUAAUAAAAGAAUCACGGGGCAAACUGGUGCUGAACGUUUUGCCAAGAAAGAAUGGAACACCAAGUACGUUGAGGCUUGUGGCAAGGACCACAGCAGUGUCACACGGGUGUUUCAGAAGCUGCUCAAACUGGCAAAGAUUAAGGUCGAACUAAGCUCUCAUGAACAAGGGGAGACGCGAAGGUUUACCUUCCCUGGACGCGUGAAGCGAAAACUUAGGUCCAUUGCUGUCGCUUGGCAGGAGAAGGGCUGUGUGGUGUGA